CUGCCAGGAGCGCAUUCUCUGUCAACCAAGGACCAAGUCAUACUGAUAUCACAGCAUCCUGAAAAUAGGGACAAAGCACCGUAGUCAUUUAGAUAAUAACCGAACUCUUCUUUCCAACUCCCUCAGCCAAUUCUACACGGAGAAUACCUUUGGAAACGAUUGCAAUGCUUCAAAUAAGGGAUCUCAUUUGGACAUUGGUUCUCUUUGGUUAUGCAGCUGCCUUGCAAGUGGAAAUCACUCCAGCCCAAGGAGAGAUCAGCGUGGGAGAGUCUAAAUUCUUUUUGUGUGAAGUUGUUGGAGAUGCAAAGGAAAUAGACUGGUAUGCUCCCAAUGGUGAAAAGCUCCAGCCAGGAAGAACAGACAUCAGUGUCAGCCAGAAUGACGAGUCCUCAUCCACACUCACAAUCUACAAUGCCAACAUUGACCAUGCUGGCAUGUACAAGUGUGUGGCCAAAAAUGGGGACAAGGAAUCUCAGGGCACAAUCAUUGUAAAGAUUUUCCAGAAACUCACUUUCCAGAAUGCUCCAUCGCCCCAAGAGUUUAAUGAGGGGGAUGACGCUGACAUCAUCUGUGAUGUCAUAAGCUCACCACCCCCGACUAUCAUCUGGAAGUAUAAAUCGAUUAGAAUCCAGCCUGAGUCUGAUGUGCGCUUCAAGUUCCUGAGCAACAACCACCUACAGAUCCGUGGCAUCAAGAAGACAGAUGAGGGUCACUAUACCUGCGAGGGCCGCAUCAUGGCCCGGGGAGAAAUCGCCUUCAGGGUCAUCAUGGUUAUUGUCAAUGUUGUGCCAAGUAUCAGGACCCGCUACACUGAGUUUAAUGCCACUGCAAACAUCAGCCAGGCUGUGACAUUGGCCUGUCAUGCAGAUGGCUACCCAGAACCCACUGUCACAUGGGCACGUGGUAAUGUCGUAUUGGAAUCAGGUGAGAAGUACAGUCUGAAUGAAGAUGGAUCCGAGUUGACCAUCAAAGACGUCAAGAAGGUUGAUGAAGGAGAGUACAAAUGCAUCGCCGGGAACAAGGCUGGAGAGAGGAGUGAGGAAGUCAGCCUCAACGUGUUUGUGCAUCCGAAGAUCACAUUCCUUGACAACCAGACGGCGACUGAGUUUGACGAGCAGAUCAAGCUAACUUGUGAGGCCACAGGUGACCCCACCCCCAACAUCAUCUGGAGCUUCGGUCGCCGGGUCUUCACCGAGAAUGAGCAGGCUUCAUGGACUCGACCUGAGAAACACAAGAGUCUGGAUGGUAACGUGAUUGUACGCAGUGAUGCCCGUGUGUCCUCUCUGACUCUGAAGUAUGUGCAGUUCACUGAUGCUGGCCAGUACCUCUGCACUGCCCGCAACUCCAUUGGGCAGGACAUCCAGAGCAUGUACCUGGAAGUGCGCUAUGCUCCAAAGAUCCAGGGCCCUGCUGCUGUGUUCACCUGGGAGGGGAAUCCAGCUAAUAUCACCUGUGAGGCUCUAGCUCAUCCGGGUGCCACCAUUUUGUGGUUCCACGACGGUCAGCUUCUGCCCAGCACUAAUACCACCAACGUCAAGAUCUACAACAUGCCCACAGUCAGCUUCCUGGAGGUCAAUCCGGAGUCCCAGAACGAUUUUGGCAACUACAACUGUACAGCCACCAAUGUCAUCGGCACAGAGUCAAGGGAAUUCAUUUUGAUUCAAGCAGAUGUGCCUUCGGCCCCCUCUAUCGAACGUGUGGAACCGUAUUCCAGCACGGCGAACUUGGAGUUUGAUGAGCCUGCCUCCAGUGGAGGAGUGCCCAUUCUCGAGUAUAAGGCUGUGUGGAGGAUAGCAGGCCAAGAUUGGAUUAACCGAGAGUUUUAUGUUGCAGAUGGUCUCAACUUGAUCACCAUCACAGGGCUAAAGCCUGAGACUGUUUAUGAGGUCAAGAUGGCAGCCAUCAACGGCAAGGGUGAAGGAGAGAGCAGCCCCCCUGAGACCUUUAAAACCCAGCCUGUCCGGGAACCUAAUUCUCCAAAACUGGAGGCUAAGCCACAAUCCACAGGCAACGAGAUGAAGGUUCACUGGAUCAAGCAAGAUGAUGGGGGCUCUCCCAUCAAACACUAUCUUGUGCGCUACAAAGCUACAAAUCGCCAAGAAUGGAAGCCUGAGAUCCGCCUGCCCAACGGCAGCGAGUACGUUGUGCUGAGGGGUCUAGAAUGGAACACAGAGUAUGAAGUCAACGUUGUGGCAGAAAACCAGCGAGGGCGAUCUGAACCUGGCACCCUCUCCUUUAGGACCUUCUCAGAACCCACCGCCAUUCCAGAAAUCAGCUCAGGUUUGGGCACUGGUGCCAUUGUGGGCAUCCUCAUCGUGGUCUUCAUCCUGCUUCUCUUUGGUGUGGACGUCACAUGCUACUUCCUCAACAAGUGUGGUCUUCUCAUGUGCAUUGCUGUCAACUUCUGUGGCAAGUCCGGCCACUCUUCCAAGGACAAGGAUAUCGAAGAGGGAAAAGCUGCCUUCACGAAGGAUGAGUCCAAGGAGCCCAUUGUGGAGGUAAGGACUGAGGAAGAACACACACCAAACCAUGAGGGAGGUGGCACCACUGAACCCAAUGAGACCACUCCUCUAACUGACCACGAGCACGCUGCUGACACCACAGCAACCAUAGUGGACUUGCUUCCUUCUGUAACCACUAACUCAGACCCCAGCUCUGACAGCCACGCUAGCGAUAGCACCACCCUUACCUCAAGCACCGCCCCUGCAGCUGAUCCUAAACCCGCUCCCCAGUCCAGUAUCCCUAAAGCUAGUGUAACCUCUCCUACCUCCCCACAAGCUGCUGCCCCCGCAGCUGUGGCCCCUCUUGUGGACCUGAGCGAUACACCCUCCAACCAGAACUCAAAGUCCUUAGAUGCCCGCCCUGCAUCUGAUUCAACCACCCCAACCUCCAUGACCCCUGCAGAUUUGUCCAAAGCUGAAUCUACCAAGCCCCAUGCGGGAGAGCCAGCACUGAGUGCUGGUGCAAAGGGCUCUACUGAGUCGACUCCCAGCAAUGCUGCAAAUCCCCCCCAAACUAAGGACUCUCGGGUACAGGGAGGUGACCAGAAGACCACAGAUAGUGACCUUGCCAAGAAUGUGUUUGAUGCGCUGGCCAAGCCCACCACCACUGCCUCAUCCACUGCACCCAACCAGGACGAUGGUAAAAUUGCUGCAGAUGAAAAAAGUAAAGUGGCAGAGACGGAGGUAAAGAAACCCCCUACGGAGGUGAAGACAGUUCCAAAUGAAGCCCCCCAGACGAACGGUAACGAGAGCAAAGCGUGAUCGAGAAUCGUCAAGCGCACGACAGUCGCAGACAGCACCACACCACCACAUCAAACACAUUUGAAAUAAAAGGGUUUCUUUCUUCAGUUUUUUUCAGUUUGCAGAACAAAAAAAAUUCUAGAUGUAUAGAGCACCUAAAGAGCUCAUGCCUUUAUUUUGUCAUUUUCUUUUCUAUUUCUGUUGGAACUUUUAAUUUCUUUUAUAACACAAAAGGAAGGAAAGAUUCUUCACCUCUAGUGCACUCUCCUUGACCUUGGAAGUAAGAUUUGUGUCUUUGACAUUAAUGACAAUUAUGACAUUAACGUCCGAAAGAGACAACCACGAGGAAUCGUAGAUGUUUGCUGUUCCAGAACAAUGCCUUUACACACCACAAAUAUAUCUGUUCUUUUUUAGUUAUGUCCCAUUUUUAUUACAUGCAGUAUUCCCAUUUUUAUUGUCUGCCACAUAUUAAUAUUUUGGGGAACAUUUUUGAUGUUUGGUGUUUAAAUAAUGUACAAAAGCAACUGCCUUUUAUUUUGUUAUUUGUCACGUUAUUUUCACGAGUUAGCGAUAGAUUGUUAGUAUGCUUGCUUUGCAUAAUUCUUUUUCUAUUAUGUUACCCAUUUAUUACAAAAUCCCUCUCAUUAACACGCAGCUAAAUACUCUAGCAAACAUGACACCAAAACGAGGAAGUCACAGCACAAAGAUUACACAUGCCUGAUGGGGUAGAGGUCUGAACUAGGCGUUAGGGUUAUACAAAUUGUUUUUCUAAUUUUCUUUUCUAUCACAACACUAUCUGACUCCCCCUAAACAGUCUGGGUUACUUUCAUUUACUUUAAGACUUUUAAAGCAACUGUAAGUUUGAAAGGUAUGAGAUGCCCUGCAGUGAUCCAUAGUAGAAACUUCCCACAAGUCCUUUAAAAAAACAUAAAGAACAAACUGGAGCGCUUAAAAAUGGAUCAGAUGGCUCCUUGAGAGAAUUGAGUCCUAGCAUUACUGCAACCUACUGCUGUGUAACAUGGUAGAUACAGCUGUUGCACUCGUGCCCUAAUAAAAACACCAGGAGCGUAGAUGUGCAAGGCCCCCCGGGACAUUACGUAACACGACAACAACAAGUUAAAGGGGUCAUGACAUUAGGAAUCAAAUUGUCCUUGAUCUUUUGAUAUAUAAGAGAUCAUUGUACUAUAAAAACAUACUGUAAGUUACAGAUUCUAAAACGUCCCCAUCACUGCAAAAAGAGCAUUUGUUGAAACCAUGCUGGCAAAAUGACUCGUUCUCUACUUCCUCCACACUGUGAUGCCAUACUGUGCAUCUGACCGCCUCCACAACAACGCAUCAAUGCCUACUUUAGCUUUAAUCACUUCCACAGCCCACCCAGAAGCGGUGGGCAUUAUAUAGCAAGAUAGACAGGUCAGUCGAGCAGAGAGCCAAUCAUGUGUGCAACAGUGGGCGUUUACUGUCAAGUCUUAAAGGAGAAGAAAGUCUUAAAGAAAACCAAGCGUUUCUGACAGAGAUUUAGAAUGAGGGAGGAAAGUGUUAAUGUUUUACAAAUAGACUGUUUUUUUUUUUAAACCCUUUACUAUUUUUAUAAGUGAACUUUAAGGAAUAUCCUAAAAUAAAAAAAGCAUGUUAUGACCCCUUUAAGGUUCUUAUGUCUGUUGCUCCAUUGGCUUUUUUUCCACUUAAUUAAUAAACAGCGCUUCGAAAUUAACCCAUGCAGCAAUGGUUCCUCAUUUACACAGAUACCCUUCCCUACAAAGACAAAACGCUGUAACUACACCAACACUGAAACAAAGAAAAUGGCUUUAUAGUUAUUUGCUUUCAAUGCAGAUAAUUACAUUCCAUUUUUUCUGAAGCCGAGCAGAGUUGAGACAAACCCGUCUUUCACAGGACAGAUCAUAAUUUAAGAGACCCGAUAUUGGUCAUAAAUACAUUUUGACAAAAUAUGUAGCUACUGCGUUUGCCUUUGCAUGGCAGUAUUGUCAAAAAGUAAGGUGUUUGUUGGUUUUUAAUAUCUUUAAUAGGCAUACAUGGUCAAAUGAUUAUUUUUGUUUUAUUUAAGCCAUAGUACUCCAGUGUGGAUAUAGUAGCAUCAAUGAUAUUCAGCCUGACUUUUUGUACAGUGUUUCUCAUUCUUUAUGCUGCAAGCUUGUGCACUGUGAAUGUGUGAAAAUCCUAGUGUGAAUACAGUGUGUUCUUUGUAAUAGAAUAAAUAAUAAAAAAAAAAAAAUCCAUAGGUUGUGAAAGCUGUAGCUGUUAGUUCAAACAAUGUUCAUCAUAAUGAGAAAGAAAAGAAAAAACAAUGGCAACGGCAGAAAUGGAAUACAGGAUACAAAGGAGUUGGUGCCUUCAAUAUAAACAUCCUUUGAGUUAACUAGUCAUACUGGACUGGACUGAUCGUACAUAGCUUGGGCUUAGAGCUCAAGACUGUCUUGGUGACUAUAUACCUCCCGCUAUAAGAUGGUUCAGAUCUGAAAAUAACAGUUUGGAUUCUUGUCGGCACAUGAAUUUCUGGGUCUUCGGGUGUAAAUGGAUUGUGAUAUCUGAAACUUGAGUUCUCAAAAUCUCUACAACAUGCCUUUAUUUAACUGAUGCAAAAUAAAACACAUAGGUAUAUACUGUAUAUUCACACAAAAAACUGUCUUGAUACAUUGCGUUUUGUAGGUACCUUAGACCUAUGCAGACAUCCGCUGUCUGUGGCCUUCAGCUCACAUUUGGUCAUAUGCCUUGUCAGUGACAUCUAUUUUUCAAACUGAAAUAAGCAUGCAAUGUAUUCUGAACUAGUCUGAAUGUCAUUGGUGUUAAGGUUAAUAAUUGAAUUGUUAAAUAGCUGCAAAUGUCAAAGGCUUUAUUUGUUGUACAUUUCUCUCUGAAUGUCUGUGAACAGUUGUAGUUCACAUAUUCACUUUUGUCAUGUUUUCUUCUAUAAAACAGACAUUAGUUGCUUUUAUUUGGUUAAAUGGUAACACUUUAUAAUAUCUUGAAUUAGUUUACAUAUAAAAUGCUUAACAGAUCCAUAGUUCAUGUAUAUUUAAAUAAGAAUAUAAACAUAUGAAUCAAAGUUUUUAACUAUUUGAAUGUACAUUAAUUGUUCUGUUAAGCAUUAUAUAAGGUCAUAAUGUUUAUUCAUGAAUCUUAUUGUAUAGUGUUACCAGGUAGAUUCUGGUCUAUGACAACAAGUAUAUGAGAGGCUUGUACAAACACUGUACUGGAAGGCAUACAAACUAUUCCUUGUGAUCUCAUUGAAAAACAUUGAAAAAAUAUUUUGGAUUCAUUCUACUGUCAUUCAAUGUGGGACCAAUUGUUAUGAUAGUUUACAUGCACAGUUUCACCACUGCACUUGUGCCAUCAAAGUUUGUUUAAAAUGAUGAUUGUUUCAAAAUAUUUUAAGGGUCGUCAUCUGAACAAUCACACUCAUUUGAUGUGAAGGCUUCUGUAACACAUUCACACUCAUUCUGUUUGUCAUCACCACUCUCAUCCCAGACCUUCAUAAGACAUCCAUUCAUGCAUUUUCUGCUGAGAGGAACCUCUCACAGUUGUAUACAAAUUUUUAUGAAAUCAAAUGUCAGUAUCACCAUUUUUCACCACUGCCACUGCUGUAAAUACUAACCAAAACAAUUUGACAAAUUCUUGUGUUCAAUAAAGUAAGA